AUGGAGAAAUAUUUUAAAUGUACACCCUGUAGCCAUAAUUAUAUUGAAUUACAUCAAAAGUUUCCUUCACAAAAUGUGUUUUUCUUCAAAAGGAAAGUAGAGCUGUACAGUAUGGAGUGGCAAGAUGCUGUGGAUUUAUCCCGGUUUAUUGUGAGUGCGGCACCUUUUGGUGGUCCAAUAGGUAAGUACAUCAGACUCCUUCUAAGUGUUUUUUAACCCACAGGGUGUACAGAAAGGAUUUCAUCUUGCAUUUAUCUUAUGGUAAAUAGCCCCCCCCCCCCCUUAGGGUGAAAGUUUAACCCCAUAAACCCUGAGAUUAAAAUUUGAAUCCUCAUUUAUUGCCCCUAUUCAUUUCCUAUAGAAGUAGUGGGGAGAGGUUGAUAAAAUAUGAAGCAAAUUCAUCUUGUGUGGUCAUGUCCAUAAUUCUUAUGCCCACUCUGUUUUACAAAGCAUUACAAGGAGAAAUUUGAUGCUGAUCACCCUUAGGGCUUAAAGGGUUAAGAGCCAGAACCAUAGGUCUAAAUGAUCGUAACAGCACUGUAAGUACUGGUAUUUGUAAAACAGUUGAUUGAAACAAAAUUCUGUGACUGUUUCAGUAUAAUGGACUCUUGCUGCUAUAAAUAUAAUUUAUAUUUAUAGCAGGAAGAGUCCAUUAUACUGCAACAGUCACAGAAUUUUGUUUCAAUCAACUGUCUGUACAUUUCAAGAGAUUUGGCUGAAAAAGUUUAAAGGAAGAAAACAACUCUGAAGAACAUCCUGCUUCUAAUUAUUAAUAUUACAACAGCUAGUGCAUAAAACAUGCAAUUAAUACAAUAUUAUAUUUUUCUACCCACAGUCCCAUGUUGCAUGUAGAUGUUCAACAGUCAGUAAUAGUUUAAAAAGAAAUAAAGAGCCACUUAGUAGAAAUGCUGAAUAAAGUCAUUAUUAUUAUUAUUAUUAUUAUUAUUAUUAUUGAAGGGCUCCAUGCUGAAUUGCCCCCUGUCCCUGUGGUCCUAUAUUUGCGAUGAUUAAGAUUUAACCAGGUUUAAUUGCUUAAUAUGCACAAUAUUACUAAUUGCUAACUCAUGUGCACUUUUACAUACAUGGGGAGUGAGGACGGUAGACCUGAAUAUUUACAAUGUCCUGUAGCCCCCCUCAUUUCCUUUUUUGAGGGAAGGUUUUUAUUUGUUUCUAUUAAAAAUUUUCAGCUCUGAUAAGAGAUGACAAGCAUUUUGCUCGAGUCCAAGGAUCAGCUAUUAAUAAACCCAUCAUUCACAUUUUUUCCUCUGCUGGAAGGGAACUUGCCACAGUUAAGGUAUGUGUUUUCCUUAUUGUUGUUUAACUUGUGAACACAAACAAAGAGGAGCGUUGAUCAGGCUGAGCCGGCCACUUGUAGGGGUGAAGCUUGGUUCCUCGAAAUUCUUGGGUCUCCAAAAAGCUUGGCCCAAUCUCAAACUCUUAGAAGCAUUUUGGAUAGGUCUCCAAGUCUCAUUUUCAGGAGAUUUUGCUUCUCGGAGUCUUGAACUUCAAACAGGAAAAGAAAUAAUAUUAGAUGGACCAGCUGCUGCAGAUCAAAUUCAAACCAAAAACAAGAAGUAUGAUACCCAGCGAAAACAUAUGUUUCGUCCACAGAGGAAAACAAAAUAGCCAUGGGUGGAGAAUGACGAGAAAAAGGGCGUAUUGUUUUGCGAAACGUGUCACAAAAAAUAUCCAUGGUUAGCAGACAUGUCGUAAGACUGGCUCACAUUGCAAAUGUGUACUGGGCUAGAGCUAACUCUCAGGCUCUGGGCUAGUAAAGUAGGAAAUGCCAGCUAGCCCACAGCUAUAAAUACUUCCAAAAAAUUUUCAAGCCCUGUGUUGUCACACAAUGCUCCUCCCCACCUCCCUUUGUGGGGAGGAGCAUUGCGUGACAACAUCAAAAAUUGCUGUGAAACAGGCUAGUCCAUCACUGCAUGGGAAAAAGACCAAAAACAAGUAUGUUCUGCUUUGGUAGGCUAUUGAUCAAGUGUUCUUUUUUAUUCUUAGUGGGAUGGAGGCCCCAUAGUUCAGAUGGGAUUGUCCAUCACAGAGGACCUACUUUGCGUGGCUGAUGAUGGUACUGUGAUGGUGUAUGAUAUUCAUGGCGCAAUCAAGAAAACCUUGUCAAUGGGACAGGUAAGUGUUAAAUCAUUUUGCAUCAUGAAAAGACUGAAAAAGAAGGCAUGCUGCAUGUAUGGUUGGAAAGCACCACAGCUUGACCACUUCUAGUCAACUUGAAGCUCAUCUUGACCAUUGAUUCCUUAUCUUAUGUCAGUAAAUUCUUUAACCACCCCAUCCCCAAGUAAAUAAAUUUUUUGACAAAUUAAAAUUUAAUAAUCAUUGAUUUUUCCAUGACCAUAAGCAAAAUAUGUGUUAUUUAGAAUUAUAAUCAUCAAAACAAAAAGUCAUCUAUAGACUGGCUAUACUUUGUUAGAGGGGUUGUACACCAAAUAAAACUUAUACACAUACAUACACUUUCUGUAGUAAACGCAAACCCAUUGAAUAUACCCGUGUACCUUGUAUGUUUUACAGUGCAGGUCAAAAUUUAAAUUCAGGUCAAAAGUUUUUAGCCUUGGUUGAUUCUUCAUCUCCUGUGUCUCCUGGUCCUAAUUAUUCAUGAAUUAGGGCUAUGAGACAAAGGAAAUCAAGAAUCAACCUUGGUUAAAGAAUUUUAAUCGGAGUAUGAUUUUGACCUGCAACGUAUUUAUGUCGUUUUUGCAUGUGGCCUUCUCAAAUACACAGCAACUUCACAGAAUCAUUUAUUGUCUGAUCUGGUGCUUGAGUUUAGUUGGGUAUAGGAGACUGAACUGGUAGUUUUUAUCUGCAUUUUUUGUAGGAUGCCAAGGAAUCCAAAAUUAUUCACUGCAAAACCUAUAAUUUUGCCGGAAGGACUGGCAUAGCUAUUCUUAUUAGUAAUUACCACUUUUAUGUUGCAAACAACGUGGAAGAGGUCAGGAGUCGACGGUAUUAUGAUCCACCAGGUAACAAAAUUCAUAAAUUUCAGUGUUUCAGAGAGAUUAAUAAUUUUGAAGUUACAUGUUCGUCUCACAUGUUUUUGUGAUCUAUAGAACUCAAUAUCUACCUGUGUUUUACUUUCCUUUCUUGGUGAUAAGUUUGAACUGGAUGGCGGUUUUCAACUUCAAAAAUCAUCAAAUUUUUUUCAGACUUUCUUCUCUUACAUAUUUGCAAUGAUCUAUCGUGGGUUAAAUGUGUAUUUUUCCACAUUUUUCUCGAGGAAAACAAUAAUUGCUCUCGGUCCCAACUGGUUAAAAUUCUAUCACCUAACUACCUGAGGGCUGUCCCUAUCUGAGAAAACUAGAAAGUCUAAUCGUUUGCAGAUGUCUUUACAAAGGCAGCACUUUCUGCUCAGCGUUACAAGACCCCCGCCUAAGUGUUGAUCCGGCCGGUGUGUUGAACCAGCGACCUCUCACUCAGAAGACCGGCGCUUAUCCAGCUGAGCUAACCGGACGGCAAAAAAUGACCAGUCAUGAAUCUUAAGAAACAUAGGGCCAGUUAUUUAAACGUAGUUUAGCCAGUGUUUAACAAAACCGCGUUCUGAGCCAUUUUUCAAUUUGCCCAACGGUUUUAUCUAAACACCGUUUUUGAUCAUCGUGUUCACGUUUUCCAUAAAACGUGAAAUUAUUUCGCUGUUCACAUGGAACUUUGAACGGCUAUGCGUCUGAAUUUUCGUACGGUUAAGGUAAUGUUAUACGAGACGAUACACCGCAACACAGCGUUGCAAUGUUGGAACAACGUUGCAACCAUUCGAAACAAUAUCGCAACAAUGUUGCAAUGCCGUGUUACGGCUUGCGCUAAAAAUCGUUGUUGUAAAUCGUCUCGUGUAACAUCACAUUUAAGGCAGUUUCGAGUGAAUGUUUGAAUUUUCAGCCGGUCGAAAAUUCGCCCGGUUGCCUUUGUGACUUUCUCUUUGCUGUCGCUGUCUCAACAUCGUAAACUUCCUCUUGAGUGCCAAGUGUAAGACAGGUUGCUCCUUUUUUACCAAUUCUGAAUCAGCCACAGGGCGUGGCGAAGCGGCAGUGGGUGCGGGGAGAAGGAAGGAACGGGGGAGAAAAAUAGAGAAGUGACUUGAGAUGUUGCAAUGAGAAUUAUUGUACAUCUCUGGCUUUAUCAGUGUCACAACUUUAAAUAUGAAAUAGCGAAGUCUCGAUCGUUUAUAAUGUUGACAAAUUCUUCCCCAAACUCACACAAGUGAGUAUGCUCACUGGCUACUGUUGUUGUUGAAUAGUUUUGAUAUUAUUCAAUUUUCAGACUGUUUCAUUCAGCGCUGGGGCCACGGUCACUUCCAUCAUAGAAAUGGCCAUAUCUUACAAUUAUGAAUACCUAGCAAUGUUUACAGACACUGGUUUGUUAUGGAUAGGAUCAGCAGAUUUACAGGUGGGUAUAACACUAUUACACUGUUUAGUCCGCAAAUUCAGCUAUCAGAGGACGAGUUCGAGCAGUUACCGCUGAGUUGACUGGGAUUCUUAGAAAAUGAGAACAAGUGGCAGUCUAAUUCAACUGGUAGUACUACAACCAGUUGCAAAAGUACUUGAGACACUGUACCGUAUUUUGGCAUAAAUGGCCUGCCCAUGAUUUUGUGCUUGUGAUGCCCCCUCCACCCCUUAUCAAAGUUGCUAGCAAUACAAGACCAUACUCAAAACUUGGAGGAACAACUUUGAAUUGGAGGGAGGAGGGAGGUCAGUAUUAUAUUUUACAGACCUGUGACCAGGGGCGAUUUGAAGCAAGAAAGGUCGUUUUCCCGUGGGAAUGUCUCAUCAUUUUUGUAACUGGUUGUCUGAGUCCUUCAUACCCCUAUAGCCGUGGUGCACGAUUAUUAAACGGGGUAAAACGUGGUGCACUCUUAGCACCUAAGGAGGUGGUUAUAAAAAACAGUAUUUCAUUUUUGUCGGUUUGCCUGUUUAAAAAUAGCGAGACAAAAACGGCAGUUGUUGGCCCUUUUUUUAUGUGGUAAUAUGCAAGAAAUUGGGCUUUUAAAGGAAGCACGUGGCAAAAGAUGCCACACCUUCUUAAGUAAGCUGCAACGAAAGGGGUUUUUGGUCCUAAAACGCUACAGAGAUGCGAAAAAUAAUAUAUUUUCUUCGAACUCGGUUAAAAGAUGUUUAUUUAUGGAAGGAAAGUGACGUAAGAUGCCCCGCUAGAUCAAGGAGAUAGCUUUUUGUUGUUGUUUCCGAUAAGUACCUGGACGUGGUUCCUCUUUUAUCGCCUGCCAUUUACAGGAAAGAAAAGUUACGCUAAAAAGCAGCUGUUGGCGACUUUACUUUACUUAACACAAGUUUGGAUUUGUGUUUACUCUUUGGUCGUCUUACAACUUUGUUUCGAUUUUGAAGCCCGAGUGUGGCUAUAGGCAUCAGAUAAUGAAAAUUCACGCGCGUAUUUCAGUAACAUAGUCGCGAGAGCUCGCAUAUAACGUGGCUUUGUAGUUCUGUACUUGGUAAGGAAAUUUAUUUCUUUGCAAAAAGGAAGACACUAUCCCCAAGAAAAGCAAUUUUCCAGCACAGCAAUGUCAGGAAUGUACGUGCUUCAACGGUCUACACGGUCUACACGGUCUACCAUCAUAUGAGAGAAAUAUAAUAAUAUAUUCUAUUUCUUAGUGUUGCAGAAUGGUAGACCGUGGAUGAUGGUAGACCGUCAGAAAAUAGAAAUUAAGAUAGCACACAACUUUUUCUGCUCUCUAGCUCUAACGGACUUUAAUAACCAUCUUGUUUUCACCGCAGCAGAUGAAAAAAACUGAACGGUUUUACUUUAACAGCGAUGUUGAAAAAUAAGUCACGCGGUUUACCGAUUACAUAACGCCAUUGCAUAUCAAAUGUCAUUGCGUUACAGAUACAGGGGUGAAAAUGAAGGUUUGGCAGCUUUAUUCGCAACUAUAGUAUCUCUAAAUACCAAGAAAAGGAAAAUUAUGCUGAUAUUAUGCAUUCGCGCUUCUCAGAGUUUAAUUACAACGCCGAAACUUUAAGCUAUGUCACGGUAGAUAAUGGCGCAUGCGUUACAACAAAACUGAGGCAAAAUUUACAAGUCACUACAUUCUUAAGCGCGUGUUUAGGCAGUUUGCUAUCAAUGACAAUGAUGUAUAGGCUGGGAAAAGCAACACAAAGUGUCAUUCUAUUUAUUUAUGUCACUAUAGUCUUCGUUUUGGGAAUUUAAGACGUGGAAAUCGCUUGUUGAAGUAAACCUUAAAUGAGACAACCAGUUGCAAAAGUACUUGAGACACUGUACCGUAUUUUGGCAUAAAUGGCCUGCCCAUGAUUUUGUGCUUGUGAUCCCCCCUCCACCCCUUAUCAAAGUUGCUAGCAAUACAAGACCAUACUCAAAACUUGGAGGAACAACUUUGAAUUGGAGGGAGGAGGGAGGUCAGUAUUAUAUUUUACAGACCUGUGACCAGGGGCGAUUUGAAGCAAGAAAGGUCGUUUUCCCGUGGGAAUGUCUCAUCAUUUUUGUAACUGGUUGUAGCUUUGAUUCUAUAUCAAGGUUUGAAGAAAGCAUGUAAAAAGGAUUUGUUUAUACUACUUGAAUUUGACGUAUCUUUUCUUGUGACAAAUGAAGACCUGUAAAAUUAAAAUUUCUGUAUCCGCCUUAGUUCUCCAUUUUGGGAUAUCAUCAUUAAUUUAGUUUAGCUACUUCUUCCUCGGAAACCUUGCAAAAAAAAUUCCAUGUCAUCGCAAAGUUGUUCAUUUAACUUGCCGACAUCUCCACAAAGCAAGUAAGCUUAGCAACCCGGGUCGCUAGGCCAGGCCCUGAAGAGCUCAACUUAACCUGUAUUUCGCAGUUCUUUGAAUUUUGCAGUUAUUUUUGUAUUUCUGUCUUCUUUAGAAAGUCUACUGUGAGUACAAUACUUCUUGUCCAUCAAGACCCAAGCAACUAACCUGGUAAGGAGGGAGCAAUAAUUAUUGUUGUUUCUAGAAUGAAGACUCUCAUCUUUUAUGGCGAAUUCUCGCCCGGUUGGCCGGGCCAUUCUUUUGAACUCAAACUAAGAGCCAUCGGUGUUUUUGUUUCUUCCGCCACCCAUCAAGCGACGUGUCGCCGACACGUGUUGCUGCAACUAAUCUCCUGACCUGUACACAGGGAGUAAUCUAUCACCGACACGUGUUGCUGCAACUAAUCUACUGACCUGUACACAGGGAGUAAUCUGUCGUUGACACGUGUUGCUGCAACUAAUCUCCUGACCUGUACACAGGGAGUAAUCUGUCGCCGACACGUGUUGCUGCAACUAAUCUCCUGACCUGUACACAGGGAGUAAUCUAUCGUUGACACGUGUUGCUGCAACUAAUCUCCUGACCUGUACACAGGGAGUAAUCUAUCACCGACACGUGUUGCUGCAACUAAUCUACUGACCUGUACACAGUGAGUAAUCUGUCGUUGACACGUGUUACUGCAACUAAUCUCCUGACCUGUACACAGGGAGUAAUCUGUCGCCGACACGUGUUGCUGCAACUAAUCUCCUGACCUGUACACGGAGUAAUCUGUUGUUGACACGUGUUGCUGCAACUAAUCUCCUGACCUGUACACGGAGUAAUCUGUCGUUGACACGUGUUGCUGCAACUAAUCUCCUGACCUGUACACAGGGAGUAAUCUGUCGCCGACACGUGUUGCUGCAACUAAUCUCCUGACCUGUACACAGGGAGUAAUCUGUCGUUGACACGUGUUUAUAUAUUGAUCGUCUGAUUAAAAACACCCUUGAUCUGAACUGACAAUUGUUACUAUUGUAGAUAUGAGUAGUUUUGUUUUUUCAUUGAGCGCGCUAUUGCCAUAUAUUUAACAAUUAUUGCACAAGUGCGCGUUGGAUGUGAGUGGAAUAAUUGUUAAUUAAAAACGCCCACAAAAUACCGAGAAUUCUUUCCGAUUAUUUUUGUAAGAACCAACGAUCAGCCUGAACCGAUUUUCAAAUUUUGGUAUGUGGCUCAUAUACCAUGAUGGCUAAGCCAAUCAGAGCUCUUUAACUGCAUUAUCCAAUGGUUCAAUUUUAAUAAAUAUGCAUAUGCUACGGAUAGCACACUUUCUUAACAUAUUUCACAUAUCAGAUGGACAGUGCUGUUCAUUUAGUUCAAGAGUUAGAUGGCGUAAGAAUCAUUGGUAAUGAGACUCAUGAACUGCUUCAGCGAGUUCCAGGUUGGUAA